CACUUUGUUUCAUUGAUAUCGUGAUAUUCGUGAUUGAUACUUUUCCUCUCUUCCCCUUCGUACCUCUCGCGAUCGAGAAAGCGAAUUAGUAUGUUCGAUCCUCGACGGAGGAGGAGGAGUCGACCGAGCGUUCUCUUCCAAAGAUAAAUAUUCACCUGCACCUGUGUUUACCGACGUAUGCACGUACAUUAAAGGGAAAGGAAAACAAAGAGCUUUCGCGCGACAGCGAGGUUAGGUCUCGCGCGUGUGGGAGGUUAAUUCCCGAUUCUCGCUCGCGAGGACGCGAGGGAUCGUCCGCUCGAGGACCGUGCCACCGGCCACGAAGUGUUAUCGGAAGUUACACGUCGUCAACCGAGCGCACUACGACAGGCAGUCUCUCACACACACGUGCGGAUCCGCGAGUGGCCGCGAACAUGAUUUUUUACUUCUUAAUGUAAGGGAUUUUCUCCGCUCGUUAAGCAGCUCGUUAGUGCGAUCUCCUGCAUGGACACCCAUAAUCCUAUUUGUAAACAUGCUGCUGCUAGUGAUCGUAUGUAAAGUGCUCUGCGUACUCGUCCUCCUGCCAAUUCUAUUGAUAAAAUGGAGAAAGUUCUACUCGAGGAAGCGCGAGGAGAGACAGCAGACCGGAACGGUCGUCGGGAUCUUCCAUCCGUACUGCAACGCGGGCGGAGGCGGCGAGCGAGUGCUCUGGGCCGCGGUGCAGGCUAUACAGAACAAAUAUUCCGACGUGCACAUCGUUAUAUACACCGGCGAUCUUGACGCCGAUCCCGAGAAGAUUCUCAACAGAACCGAAAAGACGUUCAACCUGAAAUUACGGCCCAACAUCGAGUUCGUCUACUUGCACGGACGGAAAUGGGUGGAGGCCUCCACGUAUCCUUACUUCACGCUUCUGGGGCAGAGCCUGGGAUCCGUCUUUCUGGGCAUCGAGGCGUUGAACAAUCUUACACCAGAUAUAUACAUCGACACGAUGGGCUACGCGUUCACGUAUCCCUUAUUCAAGUACAUCGGCGGCUGCCGAGUCGGAUCGUACACGCACUAUCCCACUAUUUCGACCGACAUGUUGAAGUACGUCUACAAGAGAAUCGCCACGUUCAACAAUCGAAGGGCCAUCGCCAGAAAUCCGUUCUUCUCGGGAGCCAAGUUCCUUUACUACAAAUUAUUCGGGCGCUUGUACGGAUUGGUUGGCAGUUGCGCCGAGAUCGUGAUGGUAAACUCCUCGUGGACCGAGGACCAUAUCAACAGAAUCUGGAAAUGCCCGUUGAAAACCCACAGACUGUAUCCCCCGUGUAACGUGGAGCACCUGACCGAGCUGCCGUUCCUCAGCGACGAGGAGAAGGGCGACUAUAUACGGAUAGUGGCGAUCGCCCAAUUCAGACCGGAGAAGAAUCAUCCGCUCAUGCUGAGGGCGAUGUUCGAGCUGAGAUCUAUUAUUGAGGAGGAAGUCUGGGAAAAGGUCAAAUUAAUCUGCAUCGGUUCCUGUCGGGACGCCGAGGACGAGGGGCGCGUCAAGGAUAUGCAGGACCUGGCGAAGUACCUGGCUUUAGACAACAACGUCGAGUUCAAGCUGAACGUACCGUACUCCGAGCUCGUGUCCGAGAUGCAGAGAGCAACGAUCGGUCUGCAUACAAUGUGGAACGAACAUUUUGGUAUCGGCGUCGUGGAGUGCAUGGCCGCGGGAUUAAUCAUGGUGGCCCACGCUUCCGGCGGACCGAGGGCAGACAUCAUAGAAACGCAAGAGGGUAGUGUGACCGGUUUUCUAGCGGAGGACGAGAUGGAAUAUGCAAAAGUACUAGCGAGCAUCAUAAAAAUGCACCCAACGGAACGAAACGCUAUCAAAGUUGCGGCUAGAUCGUCUGUAAAUCGUUUCUCAUGCGAGAUCUUCGAGAGGGAAUUUCUACGGGCGAUCGAGCCGUUUUUCAGAUCGAAACAGGAAUAAUGUGUUGCCUUACAGUUCCUCUAAAAAUGGUAUAAAUUACGGAUAUAUACGUGCAAAUGGUUCAUUUCGAAAUCAAAACGCACUUUCGGUGCACAUGUCACAUUAUCUCGUACGUAUAGUAGCGUGUACAUGUAAUUAACAAAUAAGGAUGUUAAGGUUUUCUAUGUGAGGCAAAUCUGUAUUUACUUUGUUUAGAGACGCGAGAGACUUUCUGCUUGAAGUUUUGCAUUGAUUUUUAGAAUGCAGUACGUAAAAGACAUAAUCAUGAUUUAGCACACAGAAAACCGUGCCACAUUGUACAUAUAAUGGCGCUUGUUAAUGAACUGUUACUUAAACGA